UCACUUCCCAUUACAGUCUCUAUCAGUAGGCUCAGCAUGCAAUAGAAAGAAGAGUUCCAGAUAGCCCUUUUAGUGAAAGUCUUGGGAGUGCCACAGUGAUCGUGACAUUGACUCUGCAUAUUGUGACUGAACAAAAGUUUUCUUAUCAUCAAGAACAAGAAUGGACUUGGUUUCUGACCUGUCUGUUUGUCUUUGUUAUUAAUGAUCCUUCAGUGCUUGGAGAUUGCCUGAUUUUGUUGAAGAAACAAGAUAAAUUUAAUUAUGGAUAGUGACUUAUUCAGAGAUACUUUGUCCGUAAUGGAAAGCACAAGUCAGACCAUUGGCUAUCGUGUGCGACUGCGAAUGCAACACAUUCUCAAGGAUGUAGCUCAGUUGGCAUAUGAAAGGCCACAAUUUUUUGCUGAUGUUCCACCUCCGUCUGUGUAUGUUGGAAAAGAUGGGCCUCCACCAAUGCCCCCCAUGCCACCAGGUCCUCCUCCUGGCACUACGAUGGCUAGUCCGGCUCCGUCUACAAGCCAGGGGCCACCCAACAUGUCUAUGGGGGGGAUGAUGGCCCCUCCACCCCCACCAGGUCCCACUGGCCCCCCAGGUCCCCCUCCACCUCCACCAGCUGGGCCUGUGAUGCCAGCUGACUAUCCCAAUGGAGGUAUGAUGGGUCCAGGUCCAAUGGGUAUGGGUCCUGGAAUGGGUCCAGGUAUUGGCCCUGGGAUGAUGGGGCCCAUGCAGAUUGCCGUAAACCCUGCAACCAAUGACGCUCCACUUGAGUUCAACACUAACAAGAACAAACCACCAAUGCCUGUGGCUGCAAAUAAUGGAGAAAUGGUGGAUGGGAUAAUGCCAGAGCCUGUCAUCGUGGAAGAGAGAAGAGAGCGAGACCGGGAAAGAGAUCGAGACCGUGAGCGUGAUCAUGGAAGGGAUAGAGAUCGUGACAGAGAGCGCUCACGAGGCAGGGACAGGGACAGAGACAGAGAUCGUGACCGUGAGCGGGACAGAGAUCGAGACAGAGACCGUGACCGUGACCGUGAAAGGCAAGACCGAGAUAGAGAUAGAGACCGUGGACGAGAUAGGCCACGGAAGGACAGUGGUGGCAGUAGUCGUAGUGGGGGCGACAACAUGUCGGUUGGCAGUGGAAAUGGGCAAGUUCAACCACUGGAUGGAAAUAAUCAGUCAGGCUCUGGCUUUGGGCCAAUGGGUCCAGGUCCUGGCCCUUGGGGUCCAAUGUGGGGCCCUGCUGGAGGACCAAUGGGACCAAUGGGCCCUAUGGGUCCAAUGGGGGGCCCAAUGGGGCCAAUGAGUGGCCCUAUGGGACCCAUGGGACCAAUGGGCCCCAUGGGUCCAAUGGGACCUCCGGGAGAAGGUCCACCAAUGAGUGGAGAUUUUCGAAUAACUUGGGGCAUGUUUGGAUGGAUGAUGUCUCCAGAAGGCCUGACAGUACCCAUCAAAAACCCUCUGCACUGCAAGACGUGCGUCUUAGUCCCCCCAAAUCGCCUGGCUCCCCCACCCACUACAAGGGAGAGGCCUCUUGGCUGCAGGACAAUCUUCGUAGGAGGCCUUCCAGAAAAUGUCACAGAGGAAAUCGUGCGGGAUGUUUUUGAACGUUGUGGAGAGAUAACAACAAUUCGACUGAGCAAGAAAAAUUUCUGCCACAUCAGAUAUGAACUUGAAGAAUUUGUUGACAAUGCCAUCUUCUUGUCAGGUUAUCGCAUGCGAAUCAACAACAGCACUGAAGCAGCAAACACAGGACGACUGCAUGUGGAUUACGCACAAGCUAGAGAUGAUCAGUAUGAAUGGGAAUGUCGGCAGAGACAGUUACAGAGAGAGCAACGACAUAGAGAAAGAAUUGAAGCUGAGAGAUUGCGACCCCCGUCUCCGCCUCCUGUGGUACAUUAUUCCGACCAUGAAGCGACAAUCAUUGCUGAGCAGCUCAAGGGUGAUGACACAUUUUCCAAAGCAGUACAGAUUGUUAUCACGUGGCUAGAGAGAGGAGACUGUAGCAAACGAAAUGCUGGAACUUUCUACAGUAUGAUCCAGUCAACAAACUCCCAUGUGCGAAGACUGAUGACUGAGAAGAGCCAGUAUGAAGAGGAAUUGGCCAAAUUUCGUGAACAAACACGGGCACGCAUGCAAGGUGUAAUCAUGCAAUUCGGUCAGAUCGAGCGUGUCUUCAUGUCAGCCGGUCACCAGAAGGUCUGGGACCACUUCACCAAGGCCCAGAGGCGCAACAUUGAGAUGUGGAAGAAGCAGGCAGAGGAGAUCAAAGAAAUCCAACUGCAUGAGAGUGACAAGGAGGAUGCAGAGGAAAUGGAUGUUUCUGAUGAGGAGGAUGGCUCACAACCUCCGAGGAAGAAGGCACGGCAGAACGAAUACCUUAAGGAAGAGAAUGACAGCCUACGGUGUCAGAUGGAAGCCUACAAGAAUGAGGUUGACCUAAUAAAAGCUGAUCUGAAGGCUGAGGUAGCUAUGAGAGAUGACCAGAUUGAAGCUCUCAAGAAGACCCUGCAGGGCAUGCAGCAGACACUUUCGGAGAAUGCAAUUCGCAAGCGACAGGAUGAUGCGAAAUUAGCUGAAUUAAGAGCUAAACUAAAGAAAGCACGAGAACAAGCUGGAACAAGCGCAGAAGGAGAAGAAGAUAACAAGGAUGAAGUAGAAGACUUGUCAUCAAUAUCCAGUGCUCCUGUGACUGACAAAGCUGCUCGUCUUAUUGGUCUGACUUCGACGUUUCUUCACAUACAUCCUAAAGGAGCUAGUGUUGACUAUAUCUGGUCUUUUAUUCAACAAUUUGAUAAGGAAAUCCGUCCGUCCGACAUAGAAACAAUGUUAAACCAGUACCCAACAGUCUUCAAGCAAAUCACAACUGGGGUUGGUGCUUGUCUCGAACGCAAGUGGAUCUUCACGGGCUUCGAAUGCUCCAUGUGAAGCUUUUUUUCAUUUCCUUGUUUUCAUGACUAUGAAUUUUCUUUCAAAGAAUUUAUUUGAAAAUAUUUUUUUUACAUUUUUAUAAUUAUGAUUUUGUUACAUCUGCCCUUUUUUCUCUGUCUCAGUUUUAUGCAUUUUUUGUGUAAUUUAGUAUUGUUUUGUACCGUUUAACUAUUGAGAUUUUAAUCAGCCAGAAUAGUACAUCCAUUAUAUAAUAGGACCAGUUAUUUUUGCUAUAUCUUAUGAUUUCUUUCACAUUGUGUCUGUUAACCCAUUUGCUGGAACAUUUUUUUUCAUCAUAUGGUUUUUCUUUCUAAAAUUUGUUCCAAGAGAUUGUAUGUUAUAAAGGAUUAAAGGGCCAAGAGGUGUUUGGUGGAUAAUCAUUUUGUCCAUUGUUCUAUUUUGAGUUUUGUGAGAAGAAAACAUUGAAAGUGAUGCUAGUUAUCUGUUGAUACUGUUUUUUCUUUUUUUGCUUUUUUUUUUUACUUUGUGAUCUUAAAGGUUGCUUUCAUGAGGGGGAUAAGGGGGUGGGUAUGUUAAUGGAGUAACCAAUAAAAUGUGCCAAGCAUAUUUGCCCCUGGCAGCAAGUGGGUUAAGAGAGAGUAAUUUCCUAGUCUAAUGUUAUAUUUGAUAUAUGAUAAAGAGGCCUGUUUAAUUUAUCAUAUGUUUGAUUAAUUAACAAGGGUCAGGUAUAUAAUACAGUAAGACUUUUUUGUCAUGCCAUAAACCCUAAUUUUGCUUCUGUUAAUAACUGAUAAAGAAAAUUGAGAUGCUUUUAGCUGGAGAAUUGAAUAAGUAUAGUAUAUAAUCAAAAGGAUUUAGGGAAAAAAACUUGUAUUAUGUAAAAAAGAUUCCACUCCACUGUAGUAUCAAAUGUCACUGGUAUAUUCAGAGUAUUAAAUAGUUUUAACUGAAAGACUGGCACUACAAAGAGGUUUUACUGUAACACUGAAAUUAUUGUAUGAUGUACAGUUAAUUGUUAUAGAUUUUUAUUAAGAAACUUUUAUAUAUAGUCUCUUUCUAGUGGCACAGAUUUCAAGCCAAAUCAUUAUAUGGGCUGAAAAUUAAAAUGGUCCACUCUUGGGAUUGAUUAAAGACUUCUCAUUAGCUGUAUGCCUUUAGCAUUUCAAUGUUAUUUGUUUCACACAGUAGCAUUAUCAAUAAUGUCUAAGAUUCACUCAUAAUUGACUGAUUAAUAGCACAGUCUGUUGACAUCAGAGUUCAUUUAAUGCUGCAUUAUCUUUAAAAGCUCUCUUACAAAUAGUGAAUAUUUGUAAAUCACUUCUUUUUAUUAUUAAUAUUCUGUAUUUUUUCCCAAUAAUUCUGUUAUUGAUUGAAAUUCUUGUAAAUGGGUUGUAAUAUAUGUUAUAUAUAUUUUAUUUGUUAAGUGCAGGGUUUAUUGAUGUAUCUUGCAUUUCUCUGUCAAACCUAAAUUUUUUGUAGUAAAACAUUUUUCUCUGGAUUGGAAGAAAAGAAUUACAGCAAUGUAUUAAUUUAUUUAGUCCUUAUUUCAACAAGUUUGCCACAUAGUACAUACAAGAUAAUUUUGUAAUAGAAUCUGGAAAAUCUUUCAUUAGGGUCAAUUAUACCUUAGGGUGGGACAUUUAUAAAAUAUACACUGCAAUGAUUUUGUAUCUACCUAUAUAAAAUGUGGAUAUAAUAGACUUCCUUCAGUAUAUAGCAGUGAACAUUAUCACAUAUGAAAUGACUUGAGCCUCCAAAAUCCUGAUGUAAAGAGCCGAGGCAUCUCAUUUCUUACUUCAAUUACCAAGCAUUCUGAGUUGCAUUGUUUUUCAGAUAUUACAGAGUAAUUGAUACCAUCAUUAAUGCUUUCUCUGCCUUAUUUCUUAUUUAUGAGUAUGAAAUGAGGUGCACUUCAAAAUACUUGAUACAGUUUUAUGUCAUAUCUAAAUCUGCAGCCUUAUACUCUAUACAAGGAGAUAGCUGGAGAAUUGUCCAUAUUAUUCUGCAUUUCAUUAGACCAAGGAUAAGCCAAUGAUAUACAUGCAUAUAUAUAAAUUUCAAUGUUCAAACAUAUAUAUAUAUAUAUAUAGAUAGAUAUAUAUAAUGUGUACAUGUGUGCAUGUGUGAAAUUCUCCAACAUAUCCAAAAAUACAUAACAUUGUGUUUAUACCCACUGAACUGCAACUGCCUUAUCGUAUAUUGAUAUGGUAUUCAGGAUCUAAGGAAAGGGAAUGCAAAAUUAUAAUAAUACUGAAGAUUAAGCUUUUAACUUCUGAAAUUAUAUUAAAAGCUUUAAAAUUGACCCAGCUAUACAACUGCAAGUCUGUGCAGAAUGGCUAGAUUUUUACCAUACAUGAUUACUAUUGAGCUUUAUUCUCCAUAAUCUAUAGAGGGAAAAAUUGAUAUUAAUGUGUGAACAUACAAGACUGCUAUGCUCUGAAGUUCCUCAGUGUUGUAAGAGUAUUGACAUCUUCAGUUAGGGGAAAAAUGAUUGUCUAAAGUGAGUAAUUGUAUAAAAUCCCAUACACAUCCUCCCCAAGCUUAAUUUUUUGUGAGUUGUACUGGGUCUUUUCCUACAAGGAUAUGAAUAAAUUAUAAACUAGGAUGGGGUUAGGCAGCACAAUAUCAGCAGUGUUCAGAAUCCCAAGAUGAAAGCUCACUGGAGGCAAGUGCUUAUGUAGGAGAUCUCUUAAAAUUUGUGUACUGAUAUAAUCUCUUCAUUUGCUUUGAUAUCAUUAUUUAGUAACACUAAAUAAUUUUUGGUCAACAGAAUGUCCCUGCUUAAACAUGACUUCCCAAUUACUUAUUGACAUACAUAUAAUGUGUCAGCUACAUAAUUUUAAAAAACUCCAAUACAAGCAGAUACUGUACAUUUAAAGCAUUGUUCAACCUCCAGGUGACUUGACAUUAAUGUCCCAUAGAAACAACAGCUGUGAUUAAAUGAGAAAAUACAAAUCCAUUGCUCUGCAAAAUGUACACACCAGUAUAUUCCUUUAUUUAUAUCUUUAUUAUUGAAAUGGCACAUGAAAACAUAAAUAAAGGAGGGGGAAAAAUAAAUUUUGAAAGCAUAUUUUUAGGAGAUCAUUCUUUUGAAGUCCAAUUAUUAAAAGGCAAAUCUUAGCUCUACUUAAUCAAAAACAUUGUAUAAUGAGCAAAGCUUUAGACAGUUUUCCUCCCUCUUGUAUAGGGAAAGGAAUGGUAUAGGACUAUCAUACUGUAAGUCAUGUAUGGAGUAGAGUUGGUCUGGUUUUGUUAAAUCAGCUAUUUAUUGUCAUCAGAUGGGUACAUGUGUCCAUGCAGAAGCACUAAAUUAACCCUAAUACUCUUGUUCAUGGAAACCUUUUAACAGCUACUUGUCCAGGCAUCCUGAUAAAUUUGGCAAUGGUAUCAGAACCGAUGCUGUCAAGACUACCUACAGUAUGAAAUAAUACAAGAUACAGUUAUGAAAUAAUGUCUUUUAUAGUGACAUGCCAGACAUUAUAUCUGGUGACAAAAAUUUUAAACAAAACCUGAGAGAGUAGAUUAUCUCCCAUUUAUAACUAAAAUAUCUAUAGAUUAUUUCAGAUUCUUGGUAAUUGUAUUCAACUUGUAAAUAUGUCCAAAUUAUUAUGAGAUAACACAUGAAAUGGAGCAGUAGAACAUUUAUAUAUAUAGCUCCAUGAUCUUAAAAGUAAAUAAAAACCAGUUAUAUUGAAUACAACAAUAAUGGUACUACAUAGACUUACACAAAAUUCUUAUUAAUAACCCAAAUAAUCACUUAACCAACACUCAUGGUUAAAGCCAACCACUCCAUUGCACAUUAUAAAAUCCUGUCACUGGCAAUACAGAAUAUUUAAUCUAAUUAAUUUAGAAUUUUUCCCUUCUAAAAUAAGACUGGCAUUACACUAAAGAUAGAAUUUAAAUAAGUGUUGUACUUUAUUUACUUAAACCCUGUUUUCUUUUUUUUUAUAACCAAGUUUUUAAAAUAAUUCACCCACAUCCUACAGCAUCAAGAAAGAAAAAGACAUGAAACAAGUAAAUAUAAUUCAACUAAGUGGCAGUUUUUUUGUUUUGUUUUUUAACUGCAGCUAAAUGUAAC